AUGGCUCAGCAUUACCACGUAUCCUCCCUCUUACUACUUGCGUUUCUCAAUUUAUUCUUCAUUCAUGGCAACAUAACUGGUGCGACUGCACGCCACCUCCUAGAGACGCCCCUUCCUAAGAUACCUAAACCAGAACUCCCGAAAGUUCCAGCCUUGCCAAAGCUUGAAAUCCCAACUGUCCUGAAGCCUGAGCUUCCAACCAUACCAAAGCCUGAGAUUCCUAGUAUGCCAAAACCUGAAAUACCAAUUGUCCCCAAGCCUGAGUUACCAACUUUGCCAAAGCCUAAGAUGCCAGUUGUUCCAAAACCUGAGAUCCCAGCUGUGCUGAAACCUGAGCUUCCUACUAUCCCAAAGUCUGAGAUUCCAACAAUGCCAAAACCUGAGUUUCCUUCCUUGAAAAAGCCAGAAGUCCCAGCAGUGCCAAAGACAGAGGUUCCUCCAACGGUGAAAAAGCCUGAGAUCCCAACUAUGCCAAAGCCUGAAUUACCAACCUUACCAAAGGCUGAAAUUCCAACUAUACCAAAACCCGAGAUUCCCGCUAUUUCAAAGACUGAGAUUCCAACAAUACCAAAACCUGAAUUUCCUCCCUUGAAAAAGCCAGAAUUCCCAGCAGCACCAAGGACUGGGGUUCCUCCAACUAUGAAAAAGCCUGAAGUUCCAACUUUACCAAAGCCCGAGUUACCACGUGUGCCAAAGCCUGAGAUCCCACCUAUGCCAAAACCUGAAGUACCAGAUAUGCCAAAGCCAGAAAUCCCAGAACUACCAAAGCCGAAAGUCCCAGAGCUUCCAAACCCGAAAGUCCCAGAGCUACCAAAGCCGAAAAUCCCAGAGCUUCCAAAGCUAAAAGUCCCAUCUAUGCCAAAGCCUGAAAUUCCACAAUUGCCUAAACCAACUCUUCCUUCACUUCCGCCGCCAUACGAACCCACUACUCCUUGA